AUCCUUCGACUCGCCAUGGCUCCCGUCGCAGUCUCCGACCAAUCCACAGCAACUGAAACAAAGACCACGGUGCAGAAGCCGGCCGCGACGGCCAAGGCACUGAUCAACCCCUUUUACUCCCCUCCUACAGGGGAUGAUGGCGAUGAAUCUUAUGUGCACGCUAACUACAAGCCUUACUUUCCGGACGUGAAGUGGGCGCCUCUGGGGCCAAUAGCUGUAACUGAACGUGCUCAAUUCGCCGAUUCCGAGAAGAAGGCUCUGUUUUCCGCGGUGCAAACGGUCAAGCACCUUACCCCCGCCAUUGGCACCGAGAUCACUGGCAUCGACUUGCGUCAACUUACCGACCAACAAAAGGAUGAACUUGGACUUCUCAUCUCUGAGCGAGGCGUAGUGUUCUUCCGCGAUCAGGAGAUCAGCAUCCAUGAACAAUUGGAGCUCGCGCGGCACUUCGGUCCUCUUCAUAAGCACGCAACGACCCCCAUUCCUCGCGAGCCUGGUCUGGAAGAAGUCCAUGUUGUUUACAAUGACAGGACUCGUCGACCAGAUCCAAGUGCCUUCUCGAAGAUCGAGCUGUGGCAUUCCGAUGUAUCAUAUGAGGCUCAGCCCCCAUCUAUCACUUCCUUGAAGGUUAUCGCCGGACCCGAGUAUGGCGGUGACACUCUGUGGAGCUCAGGUUACGCGCUCUAUUCGUCAUUCAGCCCUGGCUUCCAGAAGUAUUUGGAAGGACUCUACGCCGUGCACAGUGCUGUAGCGCAAGCUGACGGUAACCGUGCUGCAGGUCUUCCUGUUCGCCGUGAGCCCGUGGAGAGUGUUCAUCCAAUCGUUCGGGUCAAUCCCGCAACCGGCUGGAAGGCCAUCUACGUGAACCCUGGCUUCACUCGUCGCAUCGUUGGUCUACCCAAGGCAGAAUCUGAUGCUAUCCUCCAGCUCCUCUUCCAUCAAAUCGCAGAUAACCCUGACUUCCAAGUGCGCUUCCACUGGGAGCCCAAGUCGAUCGCCAUCUGGGACAACAGAGUCGCGACGCACUCGGCCACGUUUGACUUCUGGCCUCACACUCGCCACGCUCUUCGUGCAACGCCUCAUGGCGAGAAGCCGAUCUCCGUCGAGGAGUACGAGCGUGAUGGUAAGGCUGCGAAGGACAGACAGGUUGAAAUUUUCAAGCAAUUGGGGGUUGAAGUUCCAUCAGCUAGCAAUGGUACCAGUAAGGCUCGAGGAUACAAUGAUUGAGCUGAGCUUCUAAAAUAUUGUCUAUACCUCGUAUGUAUGUACUUAUAAUCAAAAGCAUUCCUUCGUUUGGUUUGUUGG